UUAUUAUAUUGUCGAUGAAGUUCGGCGUGUGUUGCGAGGCACGAGUGGCUAGUUCGUAGGUGUCGGUAAGUAAGGCCGGCUACCUGGAAGAGUAUCAUAAAGAAAAUAAACCUGCUUAAGGCCCAUAAUGAAGCAGUCUCUAUCCCAAAGUCUGGUACGCGGCUAGCAAUAACCAAUGAACAUGUGAUCGAACCUACCUUCAUCGAUGAUCGGUGGAUGCUUCCCUAUAGAAUGAACUUCCUUUUCAAAAAGCACAACCCCUAUUAUUGUUUUUCUGCAACGGAACCUUCAUAGCUGCAUUUUUCAGUGAAGGCUUCACGUAAUUACAAUGUCUAACAAUCUUCUUUCGUUGCCGAACCAACUGUUAAAUCAAGUAGUAGGCGAACUAGAGUACCCGGCUUGAAUUGCACUUAGAUGGUCAUGUAAAUUACUAUACAGGCUUACCAGCUACGGUGGACAUGCCAAGAUUAGCGACAAUACUUCAAUGAAAAGAAGUUACACCAUGAUCGACCUCCUUGAGAUUGAAAAAUGGCCCUGUUACUUAAGGGGGCGAGAAUAUAUCGGCGGUACAAUGCAGCCAGAAGCAAAAUGGACUUUUUUGCCGGUUGCUACUGUCUCAGGCUUCGGUCAGCAGAGUAUUUCUCGAGCACAAUGAGGAAGGGACACCGUGGAAAAUUGUCUCCAACUCUCAAGAGAGGCGAAAUCGUUUCUACAUUCCUUAUGGGUUGAAGUUCAGCCGGUAUCUUCCAGGGACAUGGAUUCAGUUUGGCGGCGCGACAGGAGGACACGGACUUGUGUAUCGUAGAUGUGGCCGUUUUGGACAGGUCCAAGGUAGAACUGCAUUUGAAGAAAGGACACGUGCCGCUUGCAAUUAGUAUAGAGCAGCAUGUAGUAUUGGCAGCAACGUGACGGUGUGAUUCGCUGUGGUUGAGCGAGCCUCGGCACCUGCAGCUAAGCCCGAUGCAGAUGUAUCAUCAUCAUCAACACAACCAUCACAUAGGGUGACAGGAUAACAGGAUGAUAUCGCAGAAAGUAGCUCAGAAU